AUGGCAAAGGCACAACAAUCGCCCCAUCAACAGACUAUACGGCAACAGCAGUCGAAAAGACAUCAGCCACAAUUACCACAACAUCAUCCAACAACGCCUCAACAACAAAUGCAUCAACCAUAUCAACAGAAGUACAACCACCAAUUGAUAGGCGAUCCGUUUGCUACAAUGUUAACGGUGACACAAGAGGCACCAGCUAGUUACAAUUCAAUACUACAACAACAACAAAUUUCACAAUUGGAGUCACAGCCACUGCCGACAUCAACGCCUACCCAGAUCCUAACACAAACGCAGACAGCGAUUCAGUCACAGUCGCAGCCUCAGUCGCAAACGCAACCGCAGCAACAGCCAUUACUACAACAGCAUCAACAACAACAACGGCAGCAGUCAACGCAGCGUGAAGCACAGCUGCCGAUAAGGCAGCCGUCUAUGUCUCCAGCGCACAUUUCGUCACCCAUGGCGUCCAGCCCAACGGUGACAGCGCAACAGCAACAACUUCAGCAUCAACCGCUGCAAAUCCAGCAACGAAAGCUGCAUCAGCCACCACAACAGUCCCCAACACCGACAUCAACACCAUCACAUCACUUGGCUAGCAUUCUGAACGAAGCAGCCACCUCGAACGGCUCUUCCACAUUGGCCAUGGGGUCUAACAACAGCAACAACAGCAGCAGGAACAGCUCGACCAACAGAAUUGUAUACAAUCAGCCCACCUCAGUUCAUGACGGUAACAUGCAAAGCUCUGACCAUGACCAUGAUGCUUCUCCCGCAUACCACACGCCCAAUAUCAAAUGCGAAUUGGAAGCUAGCUUCGUUGUCCCGGAGUCGGAAAACGACGCCGGUGAGGGUUAUAGUGAUGCUCCAGGUAUGAAUAAAAUAUUAGAACGCUUAGAUAAAUUAUUGGAUCAAAAGUUUGCAAAACAUGUGGAACCUUUGCGUAUGGAAAUUAGAGAAUUAAAGACAAGUGUUACUGUUAUGGAAGAGGAAAUUACUGAACUAAAAAAGGCUAGAGAAACGGAUAAAGAUGUAUAUGAAAAUAAGUCAAAGACUGAAUGA